GGGGAGGGCUUCAGGUGCUAGCCGAACGAGCCCCCGACCGUGGGCUCUCACCGCUGCUGUGUCAAGGGCUGGGCCCGAUGAGACAGCCACGGGCGCGCCUGCCACCGCGGUACUGCGCUCCGGGGCGCGGGCACUGGAGAGCCCGUCUGCAGUUGGGGCCAUAGUGAGUGGGCGCGGGGGCGGGAGUUACAGCAUCCUUUGAGGGUGUAGGGAAGCUGUGACGGUCGGGACGAAGGCCCCUUUGGAGGAAGUGACUCUGAACCAUGACCCGAGGGGAGCUGGGGACAGCAUGGCAGACCCUCCUCGGAGUGGACCCUCAGGACCUGACUUCUGGGGAGGGACUUCUUGAGAGUGUUGUGGCUGCUAGGUCCUGGAAGGGAUCUCGUGAGGCCUGUUAGGGACUCAGGUUCCCUCUAGAGUAGCUUCAGCCCGUGUCCGCCUGGUUUCCACCAUGAGUUAAGCGCUUGCUCUUCUCCCUCCUCAACUCCAGGUUGAUUGUUUUUAGGGAGCAAGUUGUAAGUAAAACUCAAGGCAUGAGGGUGUUGAGAACGGGAGGGACAGAGUUGAAGUUCUUCGGGAGAGUGUCGUCAACUAACGUGAUUGAGUGCCUGGUGACGGUUUUGUGUAUGUCAAUGAGUAUACUCAUUACGUGAAAUUGUGGCCCAGUUUUUUGCGGACAUUGGUGUAAGUUGAAUAUGGGAAAACCCUGUCAACGUGAGUCAGAUGGUUUUAAUCAAACCUGAAUUCUGGGUGAGCUUUUUCAAGUAAGAAAUUAAAGGACCAAGAAACAGUCGGGGUCAUAAUGGAUCCUGAAGGAGCUGGUAACUUGUACUCAAGCUCCUUUUUGCUGAAAAGGCAGCAAGAAUUUGUGAUGCUUUAGUGCUCUGCAGGGGCCCAGGAUGACUUGGGCAUUGAAUGCUUUCCACAGAAGAUGUUUAUCUUCUUAGCUGUAAGUUAUGAACUCUUGGGACUGAAAUUCUGGCCAUCGUACUUUUCAUAUUUUAAUUCUUGUAGGUGAUCUAUCUGCUAUCUGUAUUUUGGACACUUCCUCAUAAUGGAGUUCCCUGAUUUGGGGAAGCAUUGUUCAGAAAAAACUUGCAAACAGCUAGAUUUUCUUCCUUUAAAAUGUGAUGCAUGUAAACAAGAUUUCUGUAAAGACCAUUUUACUUGUGCUGCACAUAGAUGUCCCUUUGCAUUCAAGAAGGAUGUUCAGGUCCCAGUGUGCCCACUUUGUAACAACCCUGUCCCAGUAAAAAAGGGAGAGAUACCAGAUGUGGUGGUUGGUGAGCACAUUGAUCGAGACUGUAACUACCAUCCUUGGAAGAAAGAGAAGAUUUUUAUGUACCGGUGCUCAAAAGAGGGUUGCAAGAAGAAAGAGAUGCUGCAGGUGGCUUGUGACCAGUGCCGUGGCAGUUUCUGCAUUCAGCAUAGACACCCUCUGGAUCACAGCUGCAAGCACGGGGGCCGCCCCAUCGGCACAGCCAGGUGUGCAGCUGCCAGAGCCUCUGAACACAAGCCGUCAGGAGCCUUAAACACACUGUCCGCCAGUUGGCUGGCUCAGCGACUCAGGGGGAAAGUAAAGAGAUGAUGUGGCUGUAUCCGCCCACACUGGCACACAUUAGCUUGUUUUGUGUAUCAUUUUAGCUUGGUAGGCAGCACUUGUGCUCUGUUGCCUUUGUACUUCUCAUGGCAAACAGUCUGAGAUGCCAAUAAAACUUUUCCAGUAAAAUGUACAAAUUUUGGCAAAAUAAACAGAGGGCUAUCGAUAUUCUAAGUUAGGCUAAGCUACCCCAUCAGCCUCUGCUUCCUCCCUCCUGCCCCCCAAAUAAAGUGACGUGAAGAUUGAUCUGGCACACUCAGAUCCUUCAGAGGGCAGCUGUGCCCUGGCCUGAGUCCAUCAAGAACCCAGGGUUCUGGAAGCCUCGGUCACUUACACAAGCACACAGCUGAUUGCACUUGGUCUUCAUCUUGUGGCUUCUGACAGGCACCUGAGCCCAGGAAAGGGGGGAGGCUGUGGGCCUAUCUUGCUAAGGGCCCUUGUUCAGAGGUGGCCCCUGCACACACACAGUCCCUGUUCUGCUGAGAGAACAGCCCCGUGGCCGUACAGAUUCAAGUGCUGGGCUUACCCUGACGGCCUCGGUCUGUGAGAGCGCCCCAUGUCCUGUGACCCUGGGCAUUGGGAAACAUGAAGCAAAAUGUCAUUUGAGUUGGGUCCUGAUCUUAACCCACUGGUCAUCCACCUAUACAUUCAGACCUCUCCUUGCUCCUGGAUUAAUAAAAUCCAGGCGAUUAUUCCUGGUGUCAGAGCCUCAAAACAAUGCGGGGAGGGGCUUCUAUUCAGUUUCCAUUCCACAAAUAGGUGAUCAAAACUAUUUCUGUGGGCUGUCUUAAUUGGUGGUGUUUGUUUUCUGGACCAGUGGUUCUCACACUUCCCAGUGCUCAUAAUUGUGUGGAGGGCUCUGCUGAAGGGCGCUGGACCCCCCCUCCCAGAGUUUUCUGGUUCUGUGGGUCUGGGUGGGCCUUGAGAAUUUGCACUUCUAGCAAGUUCCCAGCAGAUGCUGAUGCUGCGGGUCUGGGGACCCCACUUGGACAAAUCACUUAUCUGCCCCCCUGCUGUCCAGUAUGUAGUCACUAGCCACAGUUUAUGGAACACGGGAAAUGCAGUCGGCCCAACUGGGGUUGAAUUUUUAGUUGUAUUUAACUUAAAGGCAAUUAACUUGAUGCACUUUUUAGAAAAAUCUUCAGUAUGGUAUGUGGGUCUUGUUCCAACUGUAAAUUUUAAAUAAAGGUCAACCCUUUCUCAUGGAAAUUUAAUACUCAAAUUGAGAAUCAAAAACACUGAGCUUUGAAGACAAUACCAAUAAAGUAUGUCAUUGUUAAAGUUAUUUAUUUACAUGUUGAAAUGCUAAUAUUUUGGAAAUGAUGGCUUAAAUAAAGCAAUAAAGUUAA